AUGUGCACUGCUGCUCGUACAGCCCUUAUUCGUAAUGCCAAAGACUUAAAUUUAUUUUCCGAUAAUCCAUUUUGGUCAUCGUCACUCAAUUCUUCAGAACAAAUCUACAGCACUCGACUCUUUCUACUAUGUAUUUUCGUAUCUCUUCUCAUAGUCACCGUAUAUGCUAGUGUCAUUGUUCGAACGCAUAGCAUCACGCUCAAUAGAUUCUCUCUUUCACAAAUCGAAUCUUUACAAGCUCGUUAUCCGACGACAAUUAAUGUACCUUGCGCUCAAGUAUCGAUUCCCUAUCAUAAGUUUAUCGAAUUUUCACCGAUCUUCCAUGAAAUAUGUUCGAGUGCGUUUAUCGACGAACCAUGGAUUUCUUCUCUCUUCCUUCCCAAUGCAACAUCGCACAAUAUUCUUGAUUUUCGUACAUUUUCCUUUGCACAAUUCCAGGCGUUAGCAUUACUUUGCCAAACGGCAAAACAAGCAGUUUUCGAUGCACAUCGAACCUUCCAUUCAACCAAUCUAGUCACAAAUUAUCUUUUCACACGCGAAGAAUUCCUCGAAAUAAGUAGUGUCUUAAUUGACAAUCUUUGGAGUAAUACUAUAGCAAACGAAAACCGAACAGCAAGAAUUGUAUCCAUGAGCAUUGUACAAAAUCGUAUUAUGUCAGCGUUACGUACAAAUUUCUACAUCCAAUCGAUGUAUUUAUCGAAUGUUUAUAUUAUCUACAAUGGACAUUAUUGGAAGAAAGACCAACUAUAUAAAUCUGUUUGUGAGUGUCGAUUGGAAGGAUACCGAUGCGUUGCUCCUGCUGGCGCUUUCUAUAAUUGGACACAAUUCGAUUUAGACACGCCCAGUGCAUCACAGUUAUUACCGACCCCACCGUAUCGGAUUCCUGGUCUCAUGGCCGGUUGUCUACCUCUUGAAUCCAUCCGACAAUCAACACUUGAGUGUUUAUAUGAACAAUCUUGUAUUGACAUUAUGACACUUCAAUCGCAUAUAUCUCAUCCACGCGCUCUAAACAAAUCUUCUACCAAAUUUUCAUUGAAUACAACAAUUGGUUUUAUGUUUGACAGAUCACUUUUUGUUGAAUCUUGGCAAACGAAGCUCGAUUUUGAAAGCUAUUAUCAUACAUGUGCUCCUCGAUCACUCACCUAUAGUUACGAGAGUCGACUUCGUCUGAUAUCGAUCAUAACCAUGUGCGUUAGCGCUUUCGGUGGGCUGGUCAUUGCAUGGCAGUUCGUCAUACCAGCGAUUGUGAAAAUUUGGACAUUCCUAGAACGGAAAAAGCAACACAUGAACACUACCGAUCAAACUGAUACCAAUUCGAUCAGUAAGGGUCAAAACAUGACUGUCCAUAUUCAUCGAACGAUUCAUACGUUCAAUUUAUUUCCAUCGGACAAUGAAAAUGACGUAGAUGAACAGUAUGUCGGCAUCGUCACCACUCGCCUUUAUAUUUUGUUUUUAUUCCUUGGUCUUCUCGUUCCUAGUUUUUAUACUUCCUUUGCCGAACGUACUCAUACAUAUACAGUUUCAUAUCCAUCGCAAACUGAAUUCGAACAACUAGAAUCUCUCUACGCUUCAGUACUGGUUUGUUCGUGUACACGAUUUUCGAUGUCCUACAAUCGGACUAUGUCAAUAUCACCUCGUUACCAUCAGAUAUGUUCAAGUCAAUUUCUCGAUGAGACUUGGUUGUCGUAUUUCAAUAUAAAAGAAAUUAAAGCGAAUACGACAUUCUUUCCCGUGAUCGAUUUUCGACAUACGGGCGACUCAAUCUUCAGUCUUCUACGCGUUUUAUGCCAAGCAUCAGAAGAGAUAGUCAACAACGCUCUGCAUCUAUUCCGAUCUCGUCGUUUAGUUACUGUCCACACAUAUUCACGUAAGCAAUUUGAAAAGGAAAUGCGAACGCGUUUCAAACAAUUCGAACAACAAACAAUAACAUCGUUUGUUAAUCUUCUCGAGUUGAUUCGUUCAUCGACUCAGACAAAUCGUCUCGUGACAGAAUUGUUGACAACGACAGGCUUUUCAAACUGGUUCAACAAGCAAACCGGACGAUGGGAGCCGAGAUUUUAUUCGCGAAACAUUGGCAACUGUUCAUGUGCAUUUUAUUCUGAUUGUCUUCGUCCACAAGGUUUCUAUUCGCAAUCGGAUAUCGUUGCGUCAGAACCAAAGAUUAUCGUACCUGGACUAGUUUUUGGUUGUUACAUAAUCGACUCACUCUUUCUCUCGACUCUCGAAUGUUUCUUCGAGCAAACAUGUCUUCAACUUCUCAUUGACAUGCGUCAAUUCGAUGCUAUUGGUCUGUUUCAUCCAGUAGAUGAGCGUGUGCAAACGAUUAAACCACUACAUCAUGAAAAGACUCGUUUUCUUCCUAAUGCAAGUAUACAAUCGAUAGUGUCACAAUUGUUCAUCGAAGAUUGGAACAGCUCAACUAAUUUCACCGCGUAUUAUACACGUUGCGCACCCAAAAGAUGCACCUACACAAAGAUACAACGUUUCGACAAGGCAUAUACGAUUACGAUGAUGCUCGGUUUCUAUAGUGGAUUAAGUGCUGUCUUGGAAAUAAUUUUACCAACAUUGGUUCGAUUGAUCAUGAAACGUAAGAAAAAAGAAGAUGAUACAUCGCAAUCUACUAAUAAGACGACAACUUUAAAUCAAUUUUAUGAUGUAUGUCAAUCAAUGCGUUCGCUGAAUUUAUUUUCUACUAAAACAUCGUCGAAUGGUCAUCAGGAAGUUGUUGCUACACGUAUAUACAUUAUUCUUUUCUCAUUGAGUUUGUUCAUUGCUUUCCUCUACGCUGGACCGUUCAGUGAUGAAAUUAAAACCAUAUUGGUUAAAUUACCAACUGCCGAUAUCGUCAACAAUCUGUAUCGUAAGAAUAUCUCAACUUUGUCUUGUCCUUGUUCAACAGCAGCUAUUCGACACUCAGAAUUUCUCUCAAUCACUCCACAUUAUCAUUCCAUGUGUUCAAGUAUCUACGUGACACCAUCAUAUUGGAUUGAAUUGGCACAAAGGGGUGACAAAAUGUCAACGACACUCAGUGCUCAUUAUCGAAUCUUAGCAUCGCUUUGUCAAUUAGCUAAUCAAACUAUCAGAAGUGCUCAAGAUGUAUUCAAUACUCAAGAACUGAUUACAAUUGAACCAAUGGCAUAUGCAUCAUUUCAUGCUCAAACAGAUGCACUUCUAUCGACGUUUGUCGCUCAAAUUCCAGCUAAUUAUCGUCGCACGCUUAACUUUAUCAUUCGUUCGUUUGCUGUUAAUCAAUUGUUUAACGUCUUUACCAGUAAUUGGAAGCUUAAUUAUANUCAAACUAUCAGAAGUGCUCAAGAUGUAUUCAAUACUCAAGAACUGAUUACAAUUGAACCAAUGGCAUAUGCAUCAUUUCAUGCUCAAACAGAUGCACUUCUAUCGACGUUUGUCGCUCAAAUUCCAGCUAAUUAUCGUCGCACGCUUAACUUUAUCAUUCGUUCGUUUGCUGUUAAUCAAUUGUUUAACGUCUUUACCAGUAAUUGGAAGCUUAAUUAUACUUACGAAACUGAGCAACAUAUUAUAAAAACAUAUCCACGACGAUUCUCUUCCUCGAACUGUUCUUGUGCAACAUCUUUCGAUUGUAUUGAGUCAGUAGCCGACGGGAUAGUCAGUGGCUGUUUUCCAUACGAUGGUUUUCGUUUAUCGAAGUUCGAAAAUCUUUCCUUCGCUGAGAUGAAUGAUCGUCUCUUUGUGACAACUUGGCAAAAUAAGAGUAAUUAUACCGCUUAUUUCGAUCGAUGUCGUCCGUUAGAAUGUCAAUAUAUGUUACCUGAUCGAAACAAUCCAAGUCAUAUGUUUAUGACUAUUUUGGCAUUGUAUGGUGGUAAGAAAUAA